CUCCUUGUGCGACAGCGUCUGGACCCGCGCCCAGGCCAGGCGCCCGCGCUGGACCGCCUGCAUCGACCGACUACAACUGUAUUUCUCUAAGUGGUGAAGAGAUGUCUCAGAAGUCACUAAGUAUUAUCCCUUUCCCACCAGAGAAACUGCUUAAUGAUGGAUGAUGCUGUACUCUGGCUGCUAAAGGCCCUACUAUGUAUGGGAAAUGCUACAAUUGGUCCACUGUCUGAGCUUCAUGGUACUUCUUAUUGGUGGUACUCUUUUCUGACACCUGUUGUAGAUUUGAGCAUAUACAAUCCUGCCCACAGCUUCCAUGGGACUAAAUGAAGAACAGAAAGAAUUUCAAAAAGUGGCUUUUGACUUUGCUGCCCGGGAGAUGGCUCCAAAUAUGGCAGAGUGGGACCAGAAGGAACUAUUCCCUGUGGAAAUGAUGCGAAAGGCAGCCCAGCUAGGCUUUGGGGGAGUCUAUAUUCAAACGGAUGUUGGUGGAUCUGGACUGUCACGGCUUGAUACCUCUGUCAUCUUUGAAGCCUUGGCUACAGGCUGUACAAGCACUACAGCCUACAUAAGCAUUCACAACAUGUGUGCCUGGAUAAUUGAUCGCUUUGGAACUGAGGAACAGAGGCACAAAUUUUGCCCACCACUUUGUACCAUGGAGAAGUUUGCCUCUUACUGCCUUACUGAACCAGGAAGUGGGAGUGAUGCUGCCUCUCUUUUGACCUCUGCUAAACGACAAGGAGAUCAUUACAUCCUCAAUGGCUCCAAGGCCUUCAUCAGUGGUGGUGGUGAAUCAGACAUCUACGUGGUCAUGUGCCGAACUGGAGGACCAGGCCCCAAAGGCAUUUCCUGCAUAGUUGUUGAGAAGGGGACUCCUGGCCUCAGCUUUGGCAAGAAGGAGAAAAAGGUGGGGUGGAACUCCCAGCCAACCCGAGCUGUAAUCUUUGAAGACUGUGGUGUCCCUGUGGCCAACAGAAUUGGAAGUGAGGGACAGGGCUUCCUCAUUGCCAUGAAAGGACUGAAUGGAGGACGAAUCAAUGUCGCUUCCUGCUCCUUGGGAGCUGCUCAUGCUUCAAUCAUCCUUACCCGAGACCACCUCAAUGUCCGGAAGCAGUUUGGAGCACCUUUGGCCAGUAACCAGUACCUGCAAUUCCAGUUGGCAGAUAUGGCCACAAGGCUGGUGGCUUCCCGGCUGAUGAUCCGCACUGCAGCAGUGGCUCUGCAAGAGGAGCGGGAAGAUGCGGUGGUGCUGUGCUCCAUGGCCAAGCUCUUUGCUACAGAGGAAUGCUUUGCUAUCUGCAACCAGGCUGUACAAAUGCAUGGAGGCUAUGGCUAUCUGAAGGAUUAUGCUGUUCAGCAGUACAUGCGGGACUCCAGGGUCCACCAAAUUCUAGAAGGUACCAAUGAGGUGAUGAGGUUGCUGAUCUCUCGAAGCCUACUCCAGGAGUAGCACCCAUGCUUGAUAUGUGGACUCUUGGGUUCCAGAUGAAUCAUGGAUUGGAUUGAAGAGCUGAGCUCUUCAAAGGUUGGCAGCAGAGCUGCACUGUGUUGGUGGCAGUAUUUGGUUCUCACAUUGGAGCAGAGUUCUCAGUAGAACUGGAAGAGAUGCCCUGAUUAGACAUGUCACAAGAAGACCUACCACCUUAUUUUCCUAAUGCUGGAAAAAUAGCUAGUUUUUAUUCAGAGCCAAAGUCUUGUCAUCUUGGUUUGUUUGCAUUUUCUUAGUUCACUGGAUUCCUCUAGGGGCCUGGGUACUUCCACUGAGACUUUCCCUGGUUCUAGAGCAAAGGCAAGGGAAAAGAAAAUGCCCUCCUGUGUCUUGUGUUCUCUGUACGUAGUGUCAGUAUCUCUGGAUAGCACACCUCUGGAUAUAAAUCAUGAUAAAAUGAGUACUUGGAACAACUGAGUUAUGAUUUAGGGUAUAUACCUGCUUUGGAACUACCUUAACGUCGACUGAGGUUAUUUGGAAAUUGGAAUAUUUGAUGUAGCUUUUUCUUUUUGAGAAGCCUAUGGUCUAAGGAUGGUAACCAAGGUUUCUGUAAUCUUUCUUGAGAAGCACUCAAUAUACUAAGUAUAUUUUCUGAAUUUGUUUCUUUUUUUGGAGUUGCUUUUCUUUUUAAAUAUUUUUGAUCACUACAUUAAUAAAGUCUGCUUCUUUCUGUAUUGUCUCCAUGUCUACUAAAGUUAGGUUUUAUCUCUUUAACUAAGCCUUUACAACUCUUUCUAAGGUUUGUAGUAUAUUUAAUUAAACAUUUAGCUGGAUUUUGGAGUAACAAUUAAAAAUCUCCUAGGUGAA